AUGAGCAAGAGUGGAGGAGGAAUGGCUCGCACAUAUCUUUUCAUUGCUAUCUGAAAUCUGCAAAACAGUGCACUGUGAAAAAGAAAUGUCUAGAAAAAGUGAAUAGGCAGUAAUUUCAUAUCUAACAGAAAUGUAAGUAUGUCCUCUGUUUCAGUUUUAUAGUUUAGCUAUGUUUAACUAAUUGCCAUUAUAUAAUAGUAUCCCUCAUCCCUCAAGAAAGUUUAGUAUUAACAAGAAAUUAGCAGGAAAUUGUAUGUGUGCAGUAUUGUACCAUGGCAGCUACAGUGGAAAUUGCUGUAACUUGAUUAUAAAGAACUUUCCAGGAAAUUGACUUUUGCAGAAAUCUGCUCUGAGUAUCUUUAGAUCUGUAGAAACAAGUUAUUGUUUACAUGUGACCUACAGAUAUACAUUAUUACAACCCAUUAAAACUUGAAUGAAGUUUACAUCAAUGAUUUUUUUCCUAUUAAAAAGUACAUCCUUUUUUCAGUAAACAGUUAAUGAAUAUGUGAAAAGAAAAAAUAAUUACUUUAAAUACUGUAAAGCAAUGGGAAAAAACAUACCUCAACUCUUCAAUUGACAUUUCCUACAUUUCAGUUUGAAAUGUUUUUACCCAUGAAGUAAGAUAAAGCAUAUUGGAAUUAGACUUUGGAGCAGCAGAUACAAAUCUACCUCUUCUCUGCAUUCUGAGAAUGCAAAACCUGUAGUUCUUAUAUAUAAAAAUUUAAGUGUACCAUAAUGGGAAAUAAUUAGUUAAAUAAUGUUAAUGGAAUGAGAAAAGAAAAAUGGGCCCUGAAAUGGAUAUUAAAUUAUACAAGAGCUUUGUAUACAAGAGCUUGCUUUUUGUAUGACAAUGAUAGCAAAAAUUAUGAAUAACUUAUUUUAGUAGCAGCAAAAUAUUAUGUAUUCAGUUAGAAUAGGAGCAUAAAAGUGAUGUUUUUUCUAAUAAGUCAUUUUUCAACAGAAUGACAUCAUCCAAUUUGGUGUGGGGAAAAAAGUAUGUUUCUGCUAUUGUGAAAAACAGCUUGAAAAGAAUGAAAACUGAAGAGUUUUAAAUAAUUUUUAGGAACAGGUGCAUGUGGAAGUUGUUGCAAGUUGUAGCAAAGAUAUAUUUACCAAUAGGUGUUUUUAGUGCAUGAAAGAAAGAGGUGGGUUAUGUAAGAGGCAUGGUGGUGCAGUGGCUAUAAUGCAAUAUUGCAGGCUAACUCUGCCGACUGCCAGCAGUUCGAUCCUGAGCAGCUCAAGGUUGACUCAGCCUUCCAUCCUUCUGAGGUUAGUAAAAUGUGGACCCAUAUUAAGGAGACAAUAUGCUGACUGUAAACUGUUUGGAGAGUGCCAUAAAGCACUAUGAAGCAAUCUAUAUGUCUAAGUGCUAUUGCUAUUUGUAUUCCUGACUCAGAGUGAACUUGAAUUCCUAAAAUCUUGAAUAGAGUGGCCAUUUCCCAGUUCCUUUCAGCUGUAUUAGAGCUAUCAGCACCUUGGGGAGUUUUCUUAUUGAGUUGCUAUUUGCAUAGGUCUUGCCCACACAUCCACAUUCUUCUCCCCCCCUUCAACUAGUGCCUAGUAAAAAUAGCAAAACUUCCCUUCUUUUUCUUUUUUUAAACCUUAGAGAAGGGGUGUAAAACUCAAGGCCCAUGGGCUGGAUCCAGCCUACAGGGUGCUUAGAUCUGGCCUAUGGAGCUGGCCUGGAAAUAACAAAUGACCAGCCCGCAGUGCUUCUGCUAGAAAAACUGGGCACAGGGAGGCUGUGUGUAGCCCCCCUGUGACUCGUUUUUAGGCUGGACAGCCUUCUGCAGCACUCUGCCAGCCAAAUAGGGGUGUGGGGUCCCUCAGAGGCCUCCCUCGACCUGUUACAGGCUGAAAUGGAGCCUCAGUGGGCCGGAUCUGGCCCUCUGAGGCUUUGUUUCGGCCUCCAUUCGGGCCUCCCCCGGCCUGUUACAGGCUGAAAUAGAGCCUCCAUGGACUGGAUCUGGCCCUCUGAAGCUUAGUUUGGCUCUUUCCACAGACUAUGCCUGCUUUGCUAGCAUCCCGGAUUCCAUUUACUCCUCCCCAUCCCAUCCCCAUCCCCCCCAGUUGGAGAGAUUGGGAGUGGGAGGCACCGUUUAUCGGUGGUUUCCUCCUAUCUCUCUGACUGGUCACAGACGGUGUUGACAGGGGGGCAGAGGUCGACCGCGAGGCGCCCCACUUGUGGGGUACCUCAGGGGUCGAUUCUAUUGCCCCUCCUGUUCAACAUCUACAUGAAGCCGCUGGGCGAGGUCAUCAGUGGUUUUGGGGUGAGUUAUCAUCUGUACGCUGACGAUACGCAGCUGUACUUUUCCACCCUGGACCACCCCAAUGAAGCUGUCGAAGUGCUGUCCCGGUGUCUGGAAGCCGUACGGGUCUGGAUGGGGAGAAACAGACUCAAGCUCAAUCCCUCCAAGACGGACUGGCUGUGGAUGCCAGCACCCCGGUUCAGUCAGCUGCAGCCGCAGCUGGCUGUGGGGAGCGAGUUAUUGGCCCCAACGGAGAGGGUGUGCAACUUGGGUGUCCUCUUAGAUGGGCGGCUGUCGUUUGACGAUCAUUUGGUGGCCGUCUCCAAGAGGGCCUUCCACCAAGUACGCUCGGUGCGCCAGUUGCGCCACUUCCUUGACCGGGAUGCCUUAUGCACGGUCACUCAUGCCCUCGUAACUUCCCGCCUGGAUUAUUGCAAUGCUCUCUGCAUGGGGCUGCCCUUGAAGUGCACCCGGAGGCUGCAGUUAGUCCAGAAUGCAGCUGCGCGGGUAAUAGUGGGAGCAACUCGUUGCUCCCAUGUAACACCACUCCUGCGCAGUCUGCACUGGCUUCCUGUGGUCUUCCGGGUGCGCUUUAAGAUUUUGGUUACCACCUUUAAAGCGCUCCAUGGCUUAGGACCCGGGUACUUACAGGACCGCCUGCUGUUACCGUUUGCCUCCCACCGACCCGUACGCUCUCACAGAGAGGGCCUUCUCAGGGUGCCAUCCGCCAAACAAUGUCGGCUGGCGGCCCCCAGGGGCAGGGCCUUUUCUGUGGGAGCUCCCACGCUCUGGAACGAGCUUCCCCCUGGUUUACGUCAAGUGCCUGAUCUUCGGACCUUUCGCCGUGAGCUGAAAACGCACUUAUUUAUUCAAGUGGGACUGGCCUAAAAUUUUAUAAAUUUUAUUGGGGUUAUUUAUAUUUUAAUAUUUUAAUUCGUUUUAAAUUUGGCCACCUUAUAAUAUGUUUGUUUUAAUUUCUUUUAAUAUUGAUACUGUGAUUUUUUACUUGGCUGUACACUGCCCUGAGUCCUUCGGGAGAAGGGCGGUAUAAAAAUUGAAUAAAAUAAAUAAAUAAAAUAAAUUUCCUAUGGCUUUACUGUACUUACUUUUUGAAGAGCUCCAGAACAGGCUGGACCACUUGGCAGAGAAGCCAAAGUCUUUCAUUCAGAAGCCCAUGAAGCUGUAAGAAUGUGAGAUGUAAGAAAAAUAGCUUUCCCCAUCUGAAUAAAAGAUGCCAUGCGCACCUGCAGGCUUAGUUUUGUCCCAGUCUGGCCGGCGUCUAGCAGCCUCCUGCUUGUUGCUGACUGGCUUUUUCGAAUGAACAGCUUCAGGGAUUGGGGUGUGGCAGCCAAUCAACAAGGGGCUUGCAGUUCAGCCCGAUGAGACAAAGGAAGGAAGCUCUUUGUUGAUUAGCUGCUGCUGCUGCCUCAAUCCCUGAAGCUGUCCUAAGGCUGCUGUGGCUCUGCCCAGGCCAUUUCUAUUACCAGAGGCCUGCUGGCUACAUGAUCCCAAGCUGAAGUUUUUUUACUCAAAAGCUGGUGAAAAUGUUUUCCUUAGAUUUCACGUUCUUACAGCUGUGCCAUCAUCUGAAUAAAACACUUCGGCUUCUCUGCCAGUGGGUCAGCCUCUUCUGGAGCUCUGGAGAUCUUCAAAAACCACGGCAAGGAGAAGAGGCAGCCAAAAGAUGGCUGUCGUGAAGCUGGGACAACCAAGGAACAACUAAGACUGGUGCUGGAAUGAAGGGGAGAGGAUUCCUUUUUACUUAAAACUUAACCCCAAAGAACAAUUUAGAACUAUUUGCUCAGAAUUACUUGUUAAAGUGGCAAUUAAGCAUUCUGAGAAAAAUACGAGACUGGAAGGAAAAGUCCUAAAGAGCGGAAACAAUAAAUUUCUAAAAAUAUAGAAGAUUGGACUCUUAAACUGGGAAGACAUGGUAAUUGGAAGGCAUUUUAAAAUGCUAGAAAUUUUUACUUAAAAAACUUAUCCUGCUUCUAUAAUUGAAUUAUAAUUGAAACUACGAUCAAAAUAACUAAAAUGAAGACCGACUAUUGGCAACAUUGAAAUUUAAGUUGAGAGUGCCACCUACUGACAAAAAGAAAAUAUACAAGUCUGGGAAUACUUAGAUGAAGAAUUGUGAUAAUAUCUACUGGGUAAUAUUUAAUUACCCCACAACUACUGGAGAUUCAAAUAUGAGAACAUUGAAGUUAUUUAAUUAAAGUGAUCCCUGAAUGCUAUGCUAGAAGAUUGACCCUGUAAGGCGGACGUAAAGAGACUUUUGAUAACUCCUGGAACUAUCUAAACAGAACUGAUUGAUUUCCUAUGGGAUACAAAGAACUGUGAUCAGUGUACUUCUUGAAGGGCAAUUUUAGGUCUGAAUAAAUGGUUCUUGGAAUACUAGACAAAAGUGGGAUUUUUUAAAAAAAAAAACCACCAAAACAAGGUGUUUCAAAAGGAAGAAAUGAGUGGAACUUUGAAGGAGAUGGCAUCAAUUUUCCAAAGCACAAAGCACAUCAUGGAGACAGGAUUUAAGGAGAUUAUGGAAAAAUGGAAAAUACUGUACAAGGGAUGAUGAGUAAAGAUCUAGACAUUCAGAAAAGGGAGGAGCCAACAGAAAAAAUGGAGGAAAAGGUAGAACCUAAGAACCAGCAAACAACAGAAGACAAGGAAGAGUUAAUAAUAAAAAUAACAGUGAUUGAUGAAUUAAACCAGGGCGAAAAUAUUUUAAGAGAGUUGAAAAGAGAAUUGGAAAUACAGGAAAAUACCCUUGAACGGGAGAUAGGGGUUUGGGCAAUACCGUAUUUUUCAGAGUCUAAGGUGCACUUUUUUCCUCCUAAGAGGGUAAAAAUUUGGGUGCAUCUUGUACACCGAAUGUAGUAAAAAAUGUGAGGCACGAAGGCACCGAUGGUCUGUAGCAAUCCCUGCAGCCUGGAACAUCUGAUUGGGGGUAUUUUGGGAGGUCAAGCCAUCUGCCAAUCAGCUGCUCAUGCUGAAUCAGGCUGCAAUAAUAUGCUGAAGUUGAGCUGGCUGUUUGCUAUUUGUUGCAAAGACUCAGAGUUUACAACAGCAAUCACAUCCAGAAAGCACACACAAGUAACUGAUUCAGCAGGAUUCAGUAACUUCUCUUUAUAUAUAAUGUAAUACAUGAAGUAAAUAUACAACAUGGUAUAAGCAAAACACAAGCAGAGGAGAGGAGUUUCAGUUUUGAGCAGCAGACUAGUUUAGAGCUCAGCGCAGACUCAGAGCUGCAGAGCUAAGCUACGCCCAGGCUCUUUGCUGUCCCCUUCCUUGUUGCUCACACAGCAAAUAUUGUUUCAGUUUCCAAACAGUCUUCAACUCUCUCACACACUGACAGGAUGCUAGCCAGAUGAAUACCGAUAGAUCCAAGAAAGGAAUAUGGGAGGCAAGUCAAAAAAAGCAUAGCAAUUAAAGUACUGAAGUGGGCAAGUGAUGAUUGUUAGAAAGGAAAGGGUUUCUCUUUUUUCUUUGAUGUUUUGAUUUGCUUUUCUUUUUCUCCUUCUUUCCCUUCUUUUUUAGAAUGGUGCCAUGAUUAUAAGUUAUGUAGAAAUAAGAGAAGGGGAAAAUAUUUGUAUACACAUACCUUUAUAUAAUGGAAUAAAAGUAACAAUAAAAUGGGAAAACUAAAGAUUGAAUGAUGGUAUUAUUAUGUAUUAAUAAUAAUGUGAUUGGCAUUGUAAUAACAUAUUGAAACACUGAGAAAUUAAAUAAUGAAAGAAUAUACUUUAAUAUAUGCAUUUCCUGUCUGGCCACUCUCAGAGGGUCAGAUUAGGUAAUCAUCUCUCUUCAGCCCUUAUUUUUAACCCUGGUACACCACAGGGCUGCAUGUUGAGUUCCUUACUCUAUACUCUUUAUGUGCAUGACUGCAUUUCCACUCAUGCUAGUAAUAUUAUUACUAAAUCUGCAGAUGAUACAACAGUGGUGGUAUUGAUCUCUGUGGGGGAUGAGUCUGCCUAUUGAGAUGAGGUGGAAUGGUUGCUUUCAUGGUUUGGAGACAAUAACUUGGUCCUUAACACAAAUAAGACCAAGGAGCUUAUAGUGGUCUAUAGAAGGAAUAGAUCAGACAUCCAGUCCUUGCUUAUCAAUGGAGACUGAGUGGAGCAAGUGGGCAGUUUUAAGUUUCUGGGUGUUAUCAUAAAAGAGGACCUGACCUGGGGCAUUCACAUUGCAGCACUGGUCAAAAGGGCCCAGCAGAGCUUAUACUACUGGAGACUUCUCAAGAAACAACAUCUGAAUGAAAAACUGCUCAUGGCCUUCUACUGCCGCACCAUAGAGAGUAUUUUAACUUACUUCAUCUGUGUAUGGUUUGCCAAUUGCACAGUGGCAGAUAGGACAGCACUCCAGAGGGUCAACACCAUUGCCCAGAGGAUCAUUGGUUGCCCUCUCCCCUCUUUGGAAGAGUUUUAUAGCUCCCGCUGCCUUAAGAAAGUUCAAAAUAUUCUUAAAGAUCCAUCUCAUCCUGGGAACACUUUUUUGGAACUAUUACCAUCUGGCAGAUGGUACAGGAUAAUAAAAACAAGGACAAAUAGGCUGAAAAACAGCUUCUAUUCCAGGGCAAUAACCAUAUUGAAUUCUACAGUAUAGUGCAAUAUUGGGUUUUCAAUUUCAAUUAUAUAUAAUGUAAAGGGGUGGGUUCUAAAAUUCUUUACUAUUGGUUCUGUGGGCGUGGCUUAUUUUGUGGGUGUAGCUUGAUGGUCAUAUGACAGUGGGUGUGGUUUGAUGGUCAUGUAACUGGUAGGCAUGGCCAACUCAAUGUCACUCACAUCAAGGAGUGCCUCGCCUAGCCCCUCCCCUCCCAGCCAUUCCUUGUCAUACCCAGCCUCAAUAUAUCUAUAGUUCUGUAAAAAUGUUGUUCAUCCUUUUUCAACUUUAUUAUCUACAUAUUAAAGAUGCACUUUCAUGGACCACUGAAAGGAGGAAAUGGCUCACAUGCUUUGCCCAAGAGUGUGAUAGGCAACAGGCUUUUAAGGGGCUGCCAGAAAGAAGGGGGGGGGCAAUGUAUUUCCAAAGCACCCGAAGGCAAAACAAGAAACAAUGGAUGGAAACUGAACAAAGAGAGAAGCAACCUAAAACUAAGGAGAAACUUCCUGACAGCGUGAACCAAUAUAGGUGCAGAAAUAUUUCAGUCUAUAAUUUCACAUAUAAAAUAGCCAUUUGUGUAAUACAACUUGCAUAUUGUUCAAAACAGUCAUUAGUAUUAUGGCUGAUGUUUGACAGCAAGCCUAAAAGUCAAAGAUUACAAGAGUGCUUCUUUCUCUGUAUGUAUACAAAACAUCACAUUUAUUUAUUUUUUAUUUAUUUAUUUUAUUAAAUUUCUAUACCGCCCUUCUCCCGAAGGACUCAGGGCGGUGUACAGCCAAAAUAAAACACAGAAUAUAUACAAUUAAAAGAAUUUAAAAUGAACUAUUACUAUGUGGCCGAUAAUUAAAACAUUUAAAAAAUUUAAAAUAUUAUUAAAACCCCAAUUUAAAAACAACUAUUUAUGCCAGUCCUGCUUGAAUGAAUAAAUAUGUUUUAAGCUCACGACGAAAGGUCCGAAGAUCAGACACUUGACAUAA